AUGGACCUGAUAAAGACACCCAAGGUAUGUAAGUCUAGAUUCUGGUAAAUUAAAGGGUCAAGACAAAGCUUACGCCGCAGGUGUUAAGAAUGCCGCAAGAGGCACUCUUUUACACAAUAUUUCCUCUCGGGAAGAAGUGUAUGUAAAUGCAUCAUCACACUGGAUCGGGAACUGUUAAACUUAAUGUCCUUGAUCAACAGCGUGGGACUACAGAAAUUUCACUCAUCGAAUCACGCGGUAAAAUGUAGAUAUCGCUUUGCGGUUAUCUAGCCCCUUAGUCAUUUUGAUAUUUCGCCCCAUUUGCAAGCCUUGCUCUAACCUUUGCGCUAGGAAGGGAAGGCACAAAAUAUUAGUAAUUUUCAUUGAUCAAGCUUAAAGUGGGCCAUUUUAAUUGAUUUUGAUUCCCCCUCCAUGGGUGAGAAGGGGUGGCUGUGUUGGCACCCACUGAUCUUUGGCAUAUUUCAGAGGGGUGUGAGAAAAAUUUUCAAUUUCUGAGAGAGGAAUCUGUGUUGGUACUUUGGAUAUUUUCUCUUUUUUUGUUUGUUAGGGGCUCAAAGUUAUCCUGUACCUCAUUCACAGGGCCGGGGGUGUGGAUAGUAAAUGGAAUAGCGCAGUACACAGCGAAAUUUAAUAGAAAUAAUAUUCUAAUAUAAUAAACUGAUGGCCAAUUGAUCAGCUUGGGAAAUGGGGUUCAAACUUUAGUCAGACCUAGAAUCUGCAAAGAUUUGCUACCAAAACAGGCCAGAUUGAUUGCUGUAGAGAAGUAGGAUCAUUUGUUGAUCAGAUGUCGAUCGAUGCAUUGACUAAUAUCUCAGUUGACUGUCAAUCGACAUAUCGGCCACUAUUUUGGUCGAGAGUUGUUCAAUACUCGACCAAGAGUCGGUCGAGUAUCAGUUGAGAGUCGGUUGAGUGUCAACCAAUAUGUUUGGUGACAGUCAGCCACUACUAGCCUUUGAGCAAGCUCUCUGGGGCACUCUAAUGGCAGGCUGGGAAAAGGAAGGAGAGCUUGCAGCUACAUCUCUGGAAUUUAAAUAUCUGCAUCGAAAAAGUCGAUGCGAAAUGCUGAUUGGGGGAGAUGACAUUAGUGAUGAUGUCAUUACCCUUGGCAGGUGUUUUUCAAUGUUUGUUUACAUUCGCAUUCGUUUCCACUUAGCACUGAUUGGGGGAAAUCUGGCAGCUCAGUCAACGGGGAGCUACAGGGGAAUAGGAGGUGGAAAUCAAAUUUCAGAGAUGCAGUUGCAAGCUCUCCUUCCUUUUUCUGCCUUGUGGCCAGGGUGCCCCGGAGAGCUUGCUCGGUUGAUAGUUGAUCGAUAGUUGGCCAAUACUUUGCUGACGGAUCACCGACAGAUUGCUGAUAUGUUACCGACACUUGGCCGACACAACGGUCGAUACCUCGGUCAACAUGUGGGUUGAUACAUCAGUAGAGUGGCGGUCUAUUAUCGGCCGACUGUCUGUCAAGAGUUGGUAGCAUCUUGACCGAUAUGUGGCCGGUCCUUGACUGCUACAGUCUUUCGGUUGAUAGUAGGCUGCCACUUUGUUGAUGGAUCACUGACAGAUCACUUAUGUACAACUGACACUUGGUCAACGCAACCGCCUAUACCUACUAGUGGGUCAACUGUCGGCCAAUGUAUCGGUCGACAUAUCGCUUCAAAAGAGGUCAAAGAAUAUGCGCUUGCAUCACAGGGCAAAUCCUGCCGACCAGAAAACAAUAACUACAGUCAAUCGAUAUAUAUGUCAUGACCUCUCAGUGUGAAACAUGCGGCUAAAACCACAUUUGCUCAGUAAAAUGCAGAACCUUCCAGAGCAUAAUCUACCCAGCAGAUAAAAACAACUUCACUGGAAUAAGCAGCAUUUUGGCAUGAGGUAAAAGUCGUGUAGGCCUACCACCCCCUUUUAUUGCUAUGAUUUGUUUACGGGUAGGCCCCGUUUUACCUUAUGAAAAUCAACACUGGCACUAAUAAGAACCAAGCACAGAGUAGAAAGUUCAACAUUGCGCAACUAACAAGAAACGUAUCCACUCCAGUUUUUAGAGGGAGUGUACGGAAACUCUGUGCGCAUCUAUUUACAAGAGUCUUCGAACUCUUCCACGAAAGAAAGUGCCUAAAUUUUCACGAAAUGCUUUCCAAAAAAACACACCUCUAGCUUGAAGCAGAAGAGGAUCGAAAUACACAGUCGGCAAUUGGUUACGUUCAGUAGCCAAUAAGAAAACAAGAAUUUCGAUCCGCCACGUGGGUAUUUAUGUUCAGUUCAAAGCUCAACAGACAGAACGGCUGUACCGUUCUCGCCACGACAAAGUACAACUAAAGUUGCUCUUCUAAAAGCAACUAAGCACAAAGCCAACCCGGCAACUGAUGAGGUUCGUGAGGAGAACCGAAACCAUGGUCUUGCCUGAUCACAAACUGUGGCAAUAACAAAACAGUUUAAAGACUGUUAAGCUUAUUCAAAGCUAUUACCAAGGGAGGAACUACGCGCUCCAGUCAAAAGCCUCACACUAUCUUUAGAAAAACACUAAGCUGGAGUUUACUGAGUCACAAUUCAAUUCUCCAUAGUAAGUUUAUGUAGCUUCAGUUUAAGCUGCAUUUCACUCUUAUAAUUUUGGAUCUGUAAGUCACUAUCCGUGAUAAUUUAACACUCUGCAAAGAAAACCGACAAGCUGGGCCCAGCGUGAUACAGCAUUGCAGAAAAACAUUACACUCACGGACUAAAGAAAAUCGCUUAGAUCAGAUCCAGAAGGCACUUUGGAGAAAAUUGGAACCCUUAUUCAGCCGUAAUAAAAAAAGCUUUACGCUUCAAAGAGGUCAAAGAAUAUGCGCUUGCAUCACAGGGCAAAUCCUGCCGACCAGAAAACAAUAACUACAGUCAAUCGAUAUAUAUGUCAUGACCUCUCAGUGUGAAACAUGCGGCUAAAACCACAUUUGCUCAGUAAAAUGCAGAACCUUCCAGAGCAUAAUCUACCCAGCAGAUAAAAACAACUUCACUGGAAUAAGCAGCAUUUUGGCAUGAGGUAAAAGUCGUGUAGGCCUACCACCCCUUUUAUUGCUAUGAUUUGUUUACGGGUAGGCCCGUUUUACCUUAUGAAAAUCAACACUGGCACUAAUAAGAACCAAGCACAGAGUAGAAAGUUCAACAUUGCGCAACUAACAAGAAACGAUCCACUCCAGUUUUUAGAGGGAGUGUACGGAAACUCUGUGCGCAUCUAUUUACAAGAGUCUUGAACUCUUCCACGAAAAGAAAGUGCCUAAAUUUUCACGAAAAUGCUUUCCAAAAAACACACCUCUAGCUUGAAGCAGAAGAGGAUCGAAAUACACAGUCGGCAAUUGGUUACGUUCAGUAGCCAAUAAGAAAACAAGAAUUUCGAUCCGCCACGUGGUAUUUAUGUUCAGUUCAAAGCUCAACAGACAGAACGGCUGUACCGUUCUCGCCACGACAAAGUACAACUAAAGUUGCUCUUCUAAAAGCAACUAAGCACAAAGCCAACCCGGCAACUGAUGAGGUUCGUGAGGAGAACCGAAACCAUGGUCUUGCCUGAUCACAAACUGUGGCAAUAACAAAACAGUUUAAAGACUGUUAAGCUUAUUCAAAGCUAUUACCAAGGGAGGAACUACGCGCUCCAGUCAAAAGCCUCACACUAUCUUUAGAAAAACACUAAGCUGGAGUUUACUGAGUCACAAUUCAAUUCUCCAUAGUAAGUUUAUGUAGCUUCAGUUUAAGCUGCAUUUCACUCUUAUAAUUUUGGAUCUGUAAGUCACUAUCCGUGAUAAUUUAACAUUCUGCAAAGAAAACCGACAAGCUGGGCCCAGCGUGAUACAGCAUUGCAGAAAAACAUUACACUCACGGACUAAAGAAAAUCGCUUAGAUCAGAUCCAGAAGGCACUUUGGAGAAAAUUGGAACCCUUAUUCAGCCGUAAUAAAAAAAAGCUUUACGUUUCAAAAGAGGUCAAAGAAUAUGCGCUUGCAUCACAGGGCAAAUCCUGCCGACCAGAAAACAAUAACUACAGUCAAUCGAUAUAUAUGUCAUGACCUCUCAGUGUGAAACAUGCGGCUAAAACCACAUUUGCUCAGUAAAAUGCAGAACCUUCCAGAGCAUAAUCUACCCAGCAGAUAAAAACAACUUCACUGGAAUAAGCAGCAUUUUGGCAUGAGGUAAAAGUCGUGUAGGCCUACCACCCCCUUUUAUUGCUAAUAUUGCGAGACUGCGUACUUUUAUAAUACUUACUUACUUAUUUAGGCUGGUCUCCCAGGCAAGCAGAAAAAAAGGCCUUGCUGUUUGAAACUUGAAACAAUUGAAAACUGCUCAGAAUGUUUACUGUGAAACUCAUAAAACUGUGAGCACCAGAAAUAUUCAUGGAAUGUUAUCCUAUUGCAAAGAGAACGCCCAUAAGGUGUGAGAAACCUGACCAGCAAACAGCAGCAGUGGUUAGUUUUGUGGUUUGCUCGUACAGGGUUAGCAAAUUUUAUUGAUGAGUGGAGUCAGUGUGACUUCUGCUUCACAAAUUUUGGAGUCAUUUUGGAAUAUUUGGAGUCAAGUAUCAGACUUUCCAGCACGUGGUCCCGGCAUGUAUACACUAUCGUGAGGGAUACACGACGUAGAUGUGGCGGUCCGCUGACCUGGAAAGCUCAAAUCCAUGGUGGCGGUCAUCGAGUAAACUUUGAUCGUAAUUUACCCUCUUCCUGUUUUGUCGUGGAGUAUAAUUCUUUAAUUUCGAUGAUUUAAUUAAGGUUUACAACGUUUACAAUUAACGUAAAUUGUAUUUGUUGCGAAAAAGGUAAGGAUAAAACUGUGUUUGUUACCGAAAAUUUCUGGAGUCGAAGUGGCUCCCUGUUUGUUACCGAAAAUUUUUGGAGUCAAAGUGACUCCCUCCGUAACCUCAGUGGAGUCAUCUGAACAAUUUUGGCGUAUUUGCGAACCCUGCUCGCAUGUCCUGAUUGGUGUCUACACAAUCAACAUUCCUGAAAUUUUUCAGCCAUUCAAGGUUUUCUGAGUUUGACAGUAACAUCCUUCAAGAAGUGCAAGUUAUAUUUUAAGUAAUUAUAUUGAUAGCUUGUGUCAUUUUCUCCUGUAGGUUGACAAUGUCCGAUUGAUGACAAAACAUGGUAAAAGAAAAGCAGCAGUUGGUACAUUGUAUCUAACAGCCACUCAUCUGAUAUUUGUUGACCCUGACUGUUCUAAAGAAACUUGGGUCAGUAUCUUUGGUCAUUAAGCCACAAUUUUCUCGACUAGACCUAACCACUUAUUGCGCCAGGGUCUGUUAAGGUGUUGUUCUUAAGGUCUAUCUUGCUGUUCCUGAACACAGUUGACAUCUCUUAUUGCAAUGAAGUAAAUUAUUAAAUAAGACUGUGAGUGAGAUAUUGUUUAUUAACUUAAUUUAAUUUUCCUUCCUUUUCAUAGAUUCUUCAUUCUCACAUCGCCUCAGUUGAAAAACUUCCACUAAAUGCUGCCGGAUCUCCUUUAAAAAUCCGCUGCAAAACUUUUCAGAUUGUUACAUUUAUCAUUUCAAGAGACAGGGAUAGCCAGGAGAUUUACUCAUGUCUGCUACAACUUUCUAAUCCAGGUGACUUACAAAUGACUUGUUCCUAUCAAGAGUCGUCUGUGCAACAGACAGAACUUAAAACUUCUUGUUUAGUCCAUCUGGGUCAACAACUGUGCACCAGGCCCCAGUUGUUCUAAAAGGGGGAUAGCGCUAUCCACUGGAUAAAUAUCUAUCCACAGGAUAAUGCAAUAAUAAUAAUUCCAACCUAUGCCACUGAUAUUAAUAUUAUAAAGGAAAUAAAGGGAGAUGUAAAGAAUCAACCAUAAGAGGACACAGAAAAAAUCUGGGGCUCGAAUCCCAUCUGGGGUUCAGAUUUUUUCUGUGUCCUCUUAUGGUUGAUUCUUUACAUCUCCCUUUAUUUCAUUUAUAAUAAUAAUUCGCUAAUAUUUAUCCACUGGAUAGUUAUUUAUCUGGUAGAUAGCGCCAUCCAGCUUUUGAACAACUGGGGCCAGGAUUUGAUUACAGUAAAAUGAAAAAUAUUAAAGCCCUGGGGCUUAUAUUUAUUUUUUCAAAGGCCCUUUUUGAGGGGCGUAUAUACAGAGGAAAUUUGCAUCUCAAAAUCGAUUGGGCUAACUUCUUCAUUGGAAGGAAAUUUAAGUCAGCAAUAUGCAAGAAGAUUUUACUGAAAUUCACUGUGAGGAUGUAGAUCUCACAACUGCAAAUUGCUUUGUUGAAAAUUCAAUACUUUGUUCAAAGGUAAAGUAAUGUCAAUAAUAAGGAACGUAACACUUUUCACACAAAAAAUGGAUUAUUGUAACAAAACAUUGGAAUCUAGGGUGCUUCAACAUGAUGAACAGCUUCCUCUGUGUUGGUUAGUUCAAAAUCACCCUUUUCUGAUGUGUCAUUUUUGUCAGUGGAAGAGUUCAUUCAAAAUUUUUCAUUUGGUUUUGGCAAGACAUACUUAAUGAUGCCUUCUAAGUGGAGUAACAGAUUCUCACUUCCAUCAAUAUAGACAUUAUGCCACAUUUCUUGUAUGAGCACUUCACCAUUUCCCUGUUAGAACAAAUGUGAACCCAUUCAUUUCCGACCUAUCUCAUGAAGAGUAUCCUUCUCUCUGAUGCCUUGUGUUACUGUAACGUUUUUGCUUUGUUUUACUUUGUAUCUGAGGGAAAUUUCGAGGUAUAAGCCCCUGGGAGCUUAUAUUAUGCUGGGGGCUGAUUUAACAGAGGGUGCUUUGCAUUACAAGUUUGGGGGGCUUAUUGUUACAGUAUGACUGUGCUAUGAUUUGCCUGUUAAAAAUGCCAUUGCUAAUUUGGCAAGCAUAUUGAAUGGAAGUUCCAAAGCAUUUCCAGUAAAUUAAUUGGGCUAGUUGGGGGGCCCAGAACACGGAUAUAGGCGCUGCUUCACAGACAUUACCCACAGACAUAUAAGUUUGAAUUUUAUGUUUAUAGGCCUAAUUAACAUAAGCUAUAUACUUUCCUUUAGGCCUCCUCACCGUUACUUUCUCCAGUUUUGGUUUUUUUUUGUUCUUGUAAUCAUUUACUUGUAUCUGUGUGGCAAAUAAACAAAAUACAAAUAAUACUAAAUGAAGUUAAUAAUACCUUGUGAAUGUUCUGCUACUGCAGAGUUAUCAUUAAUUAUUUUGAAUGGUCACAAUAUCAAAUUUGAUCAAUGCACUGGUACACGCCUCUUUAAUGUUAUUAAUUUUACUGACUUUGUCAACUUCUGAAAAGUCAAGUUUAUGAACUUUUUACUUUGUUUUGUAGAAAAACUUGAAGAUUUGUAUGCAUUCUCUUAUAAUCCCUUGAGUGAGAAGCUGACUAGAUCUGCAGGCUGGGCCUUAUUUGACAUUCAGUCUGAGUAUGCAAGGAUGGGAUUGCCAAACAGUGAGUGGUGCUGCAGCACUUUGAACAAAGACUACAAGGUUGGUAACAUAUUUAAUAUUUUGAAUAAGUGCCUAACCUCGAAUAAGCGCCUGCCCCCACCCUACCCCCCACCUUGCUUCCACUCAAACUCAAAUAAGUGCCCACCCCCACCCCAUCCCACUUCCCCCUCCCAACCCCCCAAAAUUAAGUGCACAGGAGUAGUAUUGAUUAUUAUUAUUCACUGUACAAUCUCAAGAUUCAUUGUCUAGGAAGCACCAGAGAAUUCACUUAUUGAUGUGAUUGAAAUUGAAGAAGUACUAAGAAGAGACUUCCCAGAAGACAGAAUUUUCUUCAGUAUAUUUGCAGAAACCUUGCUUUGUUACAUCUUCGUGUUUUGUUAUUGCCAUUUAUUGUUUUGUUGCAAAAUAAACAUAAUGCACUAGCUGAAAAUGGUGUAAAUUUAAUACUGGGGUAAGUGUCCACCUCAAAUAAGAGCCCACUCUCAAGGUCCAAAAAUUUAAUAAGUGCACAGGGCGGUUAAUCAAAUAAAUAUGGAUUCUGUUUUGUAUUACAUUGAAUUAGAAGUACUGUCACGGUGCAAAGAAAAUCAUUUUUACAGCUUGCCAUUUGGGCAAGCUGAAGCUAGCAUUUACUAGCCCAGACGUCAUUUCAACUAGCCCCAAAAACUUUUUGUUCUUCUGUUAUUCAAAUUCCUCAUAAAACAUCACUUGCCCGUCGGGCAAGUUAAAAACAGAAUUCACUGGCCCGAUAGCAAAAUCCAUUAGCCCCGGGCUAUCGGACACUACUUUCUUUGCACGCUGACUGUAAAGCUUGCAUUUACAGUGCUGCCUUGCUUGCACCUUGCUAUCAUUAUGAACUAUGGCAAUUACAGAGUACAUGUAGAACUGCUAAAUCCUAGCUGAAGAAGUUUGACUGAAGUGCACUCCCCCUGCAAUGGGCUCCUGCUAGUCUGUACAUCCUUCUAGCCCCAUCUUUCAACAUUUAGAGAUACAGUCAUCAACUAAAUCAAACCAACUGUAGUUUCCCCAAGUUCAGUCAGAUGGAAUACCCUCUGAUCUAAUAAAUCAACUGACUUGAUACAACUCAAUUUGAAUUGAAGAUGACUACGGUGCAGGUUCUUGAAACAUCAGUCACCGUCAACAACAGUCCUAUUCACGACUACACUCACCUAGACUAUCAUACUUUAACUACUUACAUUUUGUAUGAAAUGACUCCUGAGUUCAAACCAUUUACUCUUUUACAAACUUAUCAUAACUGGAAUUGCUUAUAUGUUUUUCUCUGAACAUUUUCUCAACUGUGUUGUUUUAAUACAAAAUCACUGUUGUUUCUCUCCUUCUAGAUAUGUGACACAUAUCCCAGUAUAUUGUAUCUUCCUGUGGCUGCUUCCAACCCUGUUCUUGUUGGUAGUGCUAGGUUCCGAAGUCGAGGCAGAUUACCUGCUUUGUCCUUUUAUUACAAGAAAACCAAGGUAAACAGAACUUGUUACUGAUUUUCGAUUAGAUGUUCAAGUGAAGGUGUUGUUAUCAAUUCGAUCAGUUUUUCCCUCACGUACAUGUACGGUAGGGCCCAAAAAUAAUGUAUGCGCAAGAACACGCCAGCCACCGCAAGAAGAGAAGGUGCCGUAUUUUUGCAGUUUACCCGUGAGAACUUUGAAAAGCAAGUAGUCAAAAAAUCUUUACUGCAAGAAGCUAGAAAAUUACCGCAAUUAGCCUCAAGAAGGCACAAGAAGUUGUUUAUACAUAAGUGUUCACCUGGAAGAAGUUUGUGGUGUUUGUUGCCUUUUUAUUAUAACAUCAUUAGUGGCAUUGAAUUUAUCCAGCCUAUGAGUACUCUGCGAUGUCAAUAGGUAAUCAUGCAAGGACACAUGUAAAAAGUUGCCCAAGAAAGUGAGCAGCAAAAAGGAGCAAGAAAGCUAGCUUGCGGGCGCAAAAAGAAGUUAUUGCGCGUCUAUUAUUUUUGGGCUGUACUGUAAAUACGAUAGUCAAAAGACUGCUAAUUACUUUCAUAGGAAUCAAAAUUAAUCAUUGAACAAGUUUAGUUGAUUGGGAUGAUCAAUAUUUAAUUAAAUCUCAACAACUUAGUGAGAAGGAGUAAAGCCUUAAUAAAAACAGUUAAGGGAGGCUCCACCGAAGAUAAAUUCUACAGUGACAUUUCAAGCCUAGUAACUUUACUAGUGCUCUCAUUAAAGGCUGGGAGGGAGGGAUUUCCCCUGGCUGCUUCCAUACCAACCUGAACCUCAAGAAGAACCUCAAUGAAGUAAUAAGCAAGUGGAUGGGGAGGGAAUGCAAUUAAGCAACAAAACUUGAUUGAAAUACAGGGAUGAACACUGAAUUCCCACUGGAGUGACAAAAAAGUAAAGACAAAGAAUUGACAGCGCUGUUUUGAAAUAAAUUCAAUGUUUCAGACUUCAGUACAAGUUUUUUGUUCCCAAAUUGUCCCACGAUAUGACAUUUUGCAGGUUAUUGAGGGUAAAAGAUUAUGUAGAAAUGACGGAUCUGAAGGGAAACAAAUGUACUUCGAGUUAAUAGGAGGUUUAAGUUAUUGAGGAUUCUAGUUAUCGGAAGUCGACUGUAUUAUUAAUAUGUUUUACUUACCUGUAAUAAUACAGUCGAACCUCCACCUCCCUUUAGCACCAGCGAUCCAAAACACCAAAAUCUUCCCAUGAGUAAACCUCUUGUAAACGAUCACCUCUCACAAGCGACUACGACCACUUAUUGGCAUGAUAGUUUUAUAGUUUUUCAUUGUCUGUAACCUCUUGUAAGCAACCACAAGACACAUCAUGUGAUCUCUCUGUUCGCUGUAGGAACUAGGCCACUCAGAAUAUAUGAAGAACUUUCAAUAACACAAUGGAACUACACAUGUAUGUAACUUAGACAAAUUAUCUGCCAAAAAGUAAACGUGUCGGGCCACUUCUUGGAACAGACCCCUUAUGGUUCGAUUCUCGUAAGAGACUACCUCCUGUAAGCGACUGUGAUUUUUGUACUUUGGGUGGUUGCUUACGGAAGGUUGGACUGUAUGCAUUCCAGGCGCCCCUUGCUCAACAUUUUUAAAAAUACUUUUCAGGCAGCAAUUUGCCGUUGCAGUCAGCCUUUGUCAGGGUUCAACUCACGUUGCCAGGAAGAUGAAACUCUCAUUGACAUCAUCAUGAGAACCACACCCAAUGCUAGUUAUGUUUACAUAGUGGAUACAAGACCCAAGGUACAUGUGUGUUUGAGCGCUUUCCAUUUGUCAGAAAAGGCCAGUCAGCCCAUUCCUGUCACCAUGAGAAUUUCACUUUUAAUCAAAACUAUCCAGCCAGAUCAGUCAAUUCCAAAAUGAUAUGCAUGGAGUUGGUGAGUUUUUUGGUAAGGGCUCUUAAAAAAGCCAUUUUUCAAUUUUUGAAAAAACCACUCCAGUUGGCCAGUUCUGACUUUUGAGAAGUGCCCUUAGUGUCCAGUCUCAGAAUGCUUAUUUAUUAUUUAUUUUCCAAGUACUUGCUCUCCAUCUAUAAUUAUGAUGAUUCUUAGCAAGAGGAAUGCUUACAGGGGGUUCUUUGUGUAACCUUCAUACAGUAAAGUUUAUCACUUUUACACCACAUUUUUUGCAUCCUGAAUCAGAAUUAAUAAGUACUUUCGUUGCUAUAACUGAAUGAUGGAAACACAAAGUAAUUUGUAUCAAAAAACAAUGGUAAGGCCAAAAGGUCCCCAUUUUUCUGUUAUGGCACAUUAACAACCAAAUGCGUAAGGGCUUGCAAGCCCCCAUGUUUCUUUAGCUAUGCAUGGAAAGACAUUGUUUGCCAAAGAUUUUGGAUCUCUUGGUCUUUGCUUCAGCCAAAACAUAUCAAUCAGAAAACAAACUAAUGUUAUUCAUAGACUAAAGAAGAGGUUGACAUCAGAGAGUUUAUAGAACUGGUAAACCCGUGGACCUCAAAGUGUCCUCAACUGUUAAACUGGAGACACUGUUUACAUGGAAAUAAGUGGAAUUUGGACAUGUUGGUUUUGAGGAAAGUGGAUAAAGCGAAGUACCCAGACAAAAACCUCUUGGGUCAUAGAAGAGAACCCACAGCACAACACAACCUUCAUAUGGGGUCACCUCAGCACUUGAACCUAGUCAACAUCAAUGAGAGGUGAUUGCUCUCACCUCUGCAUUAUCCCUACUUUCCUAACAAACCACUGAAAAGAGACAAGGGAUAAAAAUAAAUCUAUGAUUCCAAAUGCAAAUAAUUCAUUGAACCAUAGUUAUCCUCACCACUCUUUACUGACAGAAUGUAAAAAAGCACAAAACUUUAUGAACUGGUGAGUAGAAUGAUAAGACCUUAAGUGAUUCUGAUCUAAUGUCAAUUUCUUUUUUUAAUACAAAAGCAUUAGUGUACAAGGUAAAUGGAAAGGAGAAUCUAAUUCUUAAUCAGAGGUCAUGUAGAGCUUUUUUUUACAGGCUUUUCUUCAACUGUUUUUGUAUUGUACCUGUAAAUUCAAAUGGUACAAGUAUGUGUCUCUUGUUACAGAUAAAUGCCAUGGCAAACAAAGCUGCUGGAAAGGGAUAUGAGAAUACAGAUUUUUAUGAGAAUGUCAAGUUUCAGUUUGUGGGGAUUGAAAAUAUUCAUGUUAUGAGACAAAGUCUACAGAAGAUGACUGAAUGUAAGUACUGCUGUGAUUUUAUAUAUUGGCUGUGGUUUGAAAAUUCGAAGAGAAGUGAGACAGCUCACGAGCGUAUUCUUUUGUUUAGUCAAUUGAUCAUAGUUGGCGUUAAAUACGAAAGAUUAGAGAGCUUUAGAUUCAAGGACGAGGAUGACUGCAAGCACGACAUUUAAUUUUAAGUUUUCUCACCUAUUAUCUAUAAUAGACACCCCGGAAAGCUUCAUUGUACAGUACUUUUUUUCACCACAAACGUUAGUUCGCUUAUUUCCGUUGAAGGAGGUGGAGCCCUCUCCCGAUCGCUAAUGAUAAAAUUCUUAAUAUUUGAUAACUUGUUUUCGCCACUACGACAUUCUCCCUAAAACUCGUAUCAGAAUGACGAUGAAUGGCGAUGGCUACCACAUUUUCCCGCCAAAAUGAUGUUGGUUCUCGCGCGUGCGCUACUUAGUAUUGAGAAAAUCUCGUUGUCGUUCUCGUUCUCGUCUUAGAAUCUAAAGCUCUCUAGUGAUAACAUCACACAGGAUUUAUUUCUCAAGAAAAAGUAAAGUUAGACCUCACGUACUUGACCACUCAGAAUGCAAAGUAUUACUGAGUGGCUGCUUACGACAGGUGGUCACCUGCAGGGAAUUGAAUCAAACAAGAUCUUUCUGGCAAGAACUCUGGACACAUAGACUGAUAUGCUUUUUUGAAGUUACGAUGUGUGCACUGUAGUUCAUGCUGUCACUAAAAGUCCUUCCUGUUCUCUAAGUCGCGUAGUACAUACGGUGAACAAAGAGAUCAGACUACGAGUCAAGUAGUUGCUUACAAGAGGUUAAAAACAAUGGAAAAGUUGCUAGUCAGUUUAUCUUGUGCGCUCUAAAAGAUGGGUAAGCGUAUACAGUAGAACUGAUUUGUACAUGUACAUUAGGUGGUCGUUUUAAUAGAGGUUCCAACUAUAGCACUUUGACUUGAUUUUUUUUGGUAUUUGGAAUACUGGCUGGUCACCUACUGUGUUACAGACCUGCCAAGUGUCACGCGAAAAAGGCGUGAUUGUCACACCUGCGGAUCGAAAACUUCGAUCUCAGGUCUACUCAUGCGUGUGUUCCAAUUACUCGCCCCUGGUAGAAAAGUUUGAGCCAUUACCUUCUUAACUGACACAUUUUGAAACAACAUAUUAAUUAUUUAAAGAAAUUGGAGCCGAUGAGAGAAAAAAAAAGUCCAUGUGAAUGAUCGACUUUCUCCUAAUUCUCUUAUUUUAGUAAGGAAAAUCCCUGGAGACGAGGUCGUUUUCCUUCGAGUUGCCGUGUUCGUAUUAGACGGAACUCUUCAGAACCUCUUCGGACAUGCUUUUUACUAUCGGACCUCUACGAAAAAUCCUGGCACUCUCCUAAGGAUUAAAAUGUCACGCCUAUAAAUUAAAAAAGUUGGCAGGUAUCAUGUACAUGUAGGUGAUAGGGUGUUGAGGUUGGACUGUGCAAUCGUUAGCAUGCCCAGCGUCACUCAGAUGUUUCUCGUAAACCUGAGACCGAGUUGCAUACAGGUUCAUCCACUUUUGUUGUGUUCAUUCUUAACUUUUCAGUGGUGUGUGAAACUCCUGAUUUGACUGUAAAGUCUUUAACAAGCGGGUUGGAAAGCAGUGGAUGGAUGAAGCAUAUCAAAUCUGUUUUAGAUACAUCAGUGUUUAUAGCUAAGGUGAGGUAAUAAAUGAAUGUCUAAUAACUUUCAGUCUAACUACACUUGCAUCAGAUGCCUAAAAUGUAACUUCCUAAGUGCAUGUACUACUACAUGGUUAAUUCGCUCUUGUCAUUUCUGGCUUUGUGUCUUCACGCAGUGCUCUUCCCCACAAAGGAACGCUUUUUUUCAACCUUUUGCUGGGACCAGUUAGCAAAAAUCCGUCAAUACCACUUGAAAGAACGCCCUAAAAUCACCAGAGUUGCCAAGUUUAAGAAUGAUUUAUUAAAAGCCAACAAAGAUACAUGUAUAGCUCCUCAAAGUCACAAAAUUUUACAGAGGGUCAAGUUCGUGUCCCUCACCACACAAGCAUUUGUAAAAUUUCACGACUUUGCGGAGUCAUCGCUCCCUUGUUAACUAAUUUCAAGGCUCUGUUUCCAGCAGUGUCCAUGGAUAUUCUCUCACUGGUCUUUUUCAAAAUUUGAAAAAAACCGUAGAAGGGUUGCCCUGGGUACCAGAGGUUUUUUCUCGCGUUCGACGGGGAGCUUCGUUUUGUCGGCCGCAGGCCGACACGCGUGUUCGGCUGAAGGCCGAAGACUGAAGCGGCGGCGCGGGUCACUUUUUAAGACUUGACCGAAACCAGAAACCGUGCAUGAAAAGCCUCUGGCACCCAGGGUAUAGAAGGGUGUUUUGUGGGCAAGAACAUUGCUAGAGGAUGCAAAGAACGAUUUCGCAGAGAAAUGCAGUGCCUUGCUCGGUGCUUGUACAGUUUAGUUGUGUUCAGCAGUUUGACAUUUGUGUAUUGAUUGAUCUCUUUUUUUUGUGAUCUUAAUCAAGGCUGUUGCUGAGGAGAGCGUCAAUGUAGUAGUCCAUUGUAGUGAUGGAUGGGACAGAACAGCGCAAACAUGCUCUCUGGCAAGCAUCAUUCUUGAUCCUUACUACAGAACUAUGCAUGGCUUUCAGGUACGUUUAGUACGUUUAGUAACUAAGUGUGUGGAGACACUUUCAUUGACUAUUUUCAAAUUCCCCAUAAUACACUCUGUCUGCCCCCCAAAUUUUGCAUAACUUAUUGUCUUAAAAUGCUCUUGGGAAAAUGCAAUACUCCCAGGAGCAUUUAAAAACAAUGGUUUACGCAGAAUUUGGGGGGCAAACAUAGUGUAUUAUGGGGAAUUCGAAAAUAGAGAAUGGGGUACAUUGGUCUUUUUUUUUGUUUCUAAGGUCCCCAAUUUUCUUCACAGAGAAAAUCCUAGUGUUUUGUCCUGUUAUCACCCAUUGGUAGUAAAUAUUACAUUUUGUCAUGAGCGAUAUUACAUGAUUUAUUGCGGGCGACCAGAGGAGCCCACAAUCCUAAUCUCUAGACAGCUGUUACGCAUACCCAGCACGUAGGUAGUCAGCAUUCGUUUAGAGUUGCAGUAAGACUAAUUGGAAUUCAUAGAAUCUUCGAUCACUCGUAAUUCGAUCAAGCGCAUUUUGAUCUUUUAUCAAGUGAAACUUUAUUCGCAAAGCACAGCGUUGAACCAAGAGCUUGACCUCGCCAAAACUCCCUGACCUUUGGUUAUUACUGCGUUACAGAUGUAUAUUUAUAGCGGUGCCCUCGCGCGCGCAAAGACCGCGAAGCGAAGCACCACGGGUAAGAAAUUUGGUUAUCUAUGCAUCCAAGUAAUUUUGGUUCUGCAAAAAUGGUCCUUACGUACGUCCACCCCUUCAUGUAAGCCGGGGUGAAAUUUCGCAUAUCACGAACAGCGCGUUUUGGCGGUAAAUCGCAUGGCUGUACUUUUAGAAAGAAAAAAACAACAACAACAACGAAGACGGGUAUUUUCUUCGACUAAAUUUUAAUGUCGACACUUAUGUGGAUGGCAGGAAAGAGCUAGAGUGAGAGAUAAAAACAAUUAAAGGAGACCAAUUUCGUCAGAAGAAAAAUAUGAACUUUUUAUAGCGGUGGUACGACUGACUGAGAAAUACUAGCGGCCACCAAAGUGAAAAAUGAGCGGCAGUGGAAAAAAAAAGAGCGAACAGGAACACAUACGUCAUUUCCUACAUAAAAGGUGUAACUAGGAAGUUUCACGCCGUCGUCGUGUAAAACAACGACAAAGAAAUGUGCACAAGUGUGCUGCACGUGCAAAGUUGUUUGUUCAGUUGUUUUGCUAAUUAGACCAUUUUAUUAUUUUGCCGUUCUCCUUGCUGUCGCCGUUUAGCAUUACACGAUUUUAUUUUUUGUGUACGUAAGUAUAUUAACGAGAGCUUCGCUUCUAGCCCUGGCUAAAUCUAUAUUUAAUAUAUUUAACAGGAAGACAGCUGUUGUCCGGUUACCUUUGGUAUGAUAAUUUUUCAUGCAGAAUGUUCACUAGACUUUCAAGCAAAACCACCCCAUUGUUUGUCCCUUUGAGUCAUUCCAACUGUUGUUUUCUUAUUGUCUAUGCACAGGUAUUAAUUGAAAAAGAAUGGCUGGCAUUUGGCCACAAGUUUACUGACAGGUAGGUUACUUUUAUCUGUUUCAUAGCUUGCGUAGCCGGCGGGAUUGUUAUGCGCAGGGUACUUCCUUGCAUUUCCCCGACGACUUGAAAUCUAAAGCCUAAGGAUAAGGACAUACGCACACGCAGAAUGGCAUAUUUGACUCAAUUCUCCAUACUAGCUCUCCUAAGCCCGAUGAUAAACAAGAUGGCGGACGAAGCGUCCGCCAUAUUGCUUUUAUAAGUCCGCAUGAGGUCUGGGUCAAAGUGGCAGGAUGAUUGGUUCACGGCCUUGUGCUUAUGCUUUUGCUUAUGUCGACUCAGUUUUCACUAGUCAGUAGCAUAACACCCCAUCCAUGUCGUAGCUUUCCCCUCCACAAAGGCUGUUGCGAUAAUUCAAUGUCAGGUCUUAACUAUUGACUCAGUGUCAGUGUAUAAUAAGUCAGAACUAGCCGCAGUAGCCUGUGUUGCAGCCGGACUCAGUGUCCCUCGAGAUCCAUAGUGGAUAGAGAACUCAAUGGAGAGAUUUAAGCCUGGUUCUCAUAUGCCUCCGAAGUACCCGCGACGCGGCCGUGGGUACUGCUUGCAAUACUACUCCGACGUAUAAGGAGGUCUUUACCGCCGGCAUGCCUGCGAAGUCGAACUCGUGUCAACUUCGCAGGCACACCGGCGGUAAAGACUGAAACCUGGUCUCUUAUACCGCCGAAGUACCUGCGACGUAGCCGUCGGUACUGCCUGCGAUACAACUCCGACAUAUGAGGAAAUAAGGCCGCCGUCAACAAGAAACAUCGCAGGUCUUUACCGCCGGCACGUCUGCGAAGUUGAACUUGAGUCAACUUCUCAGGCAUGCGGGCGGUAAAGACUGACAAGGCCCUUGUUGCCGGCGACUUCUGUUGUCAUAUCGGAACAGUAUCGCAGGCGGUACCGGCAGCUAUGUCGUAGGUAGCUUCACCUCUCCCCUAAAUCUCUCAAAUAUAUCAGAGAUUUAGUUAAACAGUCUGCGACGCAGGUAUAUAGCUACAGCUGGGCUCUGAUAAUGACAUUUGCAAAAAUUUACCCAUACUGUGGCCGACAGACUGAAUUCAUUGCGAUUACCCGCCUCUGACCCUCGUGUAUAUCUGCUUUAUUUGUCAGGUGUGGUUUUCUUCAAUCGGAUGGCAAGGAUACGUCACCAGUGUUUCUUCAGUUCUUAGAAGGCGUAUGGCAGUUACAGGAACAGUUUCCUUUUGCAUUCCAGUUUAAUGAGCGAUUCCUUCUUGCAAUUCAUGAUCACUUAUAUUCUUGUCAGGUAUAACCAUGUAAUGGUGAUUUUUUAAUUAUUUUUAUUUAUUUAUUUCUUUUUUUUACCAGCUUUUCUGGACACAAGCCUGCCCAGACGGAAUGGGCACGAACGGGACUCAUAGGUCCCCUGCGAGGCGCCAUCCCUACCCAAUCCCACAAACCGUAAAGGUUGGCCACACCACCGGGGUCUACGUCCCCUACUCUUUUCGGAAAGUGGUGUAAACCAUGAUGUCCGUGGCACCCGUCCGUGUCUGAGGCACGUCGUUAGCACGAUGUGCCUUGUGAUUCCUUGCCCUCGAUUCCUAUUUUUUUGCAAUGUCUGCUUGAUGUUUACAAAAACAAGUAAAAAACAACGCGGGCAAGAAAGAACGACGGUUCGCUGUCAUCUUGACGCCAUUUUCAAGUUCAAAAUGCUUGCUGAUAGACGGUCAAAAAAGUAUUUCUGGCUGAUGAUUAGCAUAUAUGAAAUACGCAAAAGUCACGCAAAAAGUUUUGCUCGAAUUGAGUCUGCUUGGUGUGUGAAAAACUAUUGUGGUGUCAAAACUACCCUGCAGUGCAGGGUUGUUUUGGAACACUAGAAUUCGCUGGGGUUGAAGUGCUACAGUCACGGAAGGCAGGGCACAUUUCUUCGUUUCGCCUUAUUGGUUAGUUUGAGAUUGUGUUUUGGACUGGGUCGGGGUUGUACUGAAAUGCACUAUGGGGCUGUUUCGGUGGACUGAUUUUGCCCACGUUUCCGGUGCAACUCCGUAUAGUAGCCAUUGAAAGAAGCAUUAGUAUCAUCAGAACAAUCCCAUCGUGCAACUCGGCACAACACCGACCCAUUCUCCCACGCAACUUCAAAAUGGCCAAUAAAUAGAUUGUACUUUUUGGUACAAAAUCAAGCGCAAAAAUUCGCAGGAAAUGUUGCUAGCUCGCCUACACUACAGUCAAUACUAACAUAAACCUCAAGUUGUACUUACGCUUCCGUGUCGCUUUCUGUUUCAGUUUGGGACUUUUCUGGGAAAUUGUGAACGGGAACGCAAGGAACAUGGGUAAGUGAAUCGGUGAAUGUACGAGAUUGAAAUAGUACACAAAAAUGAAGGAUCAGUAGGACCAUGGAUAACCAAUGCGCAUGCGUGCGAUAUAACUUAGUAUCUUGAAAAACUUGAGUCGACCAUUUCAAGAUGUCGGAGUAGUUGUUUUUUUCAUUUCAUCUCUGUUCGUCUCUAUGAUUUGACAUAAAACGCAGCUUUACUACAUGACUCGUAAGUUUAUUUCAAGAGUAGUGUAAAUUACUCAGAGAAGGAUCGUCUUCUAACCUAAACACUUUAGCACCAGUUAAUAAAUUAAAUGGGGUGACCGAUACCGAUAUUUGUUACAGACUAGCGGAGAAGACAUAUUCAUUAUGGGGUUACAUGUGGCAGAACAUCAGUGACUACGCUAAUCCGCUGUACAGAGGAGGCGCGGAUGAGUUAUUAUGGCCCAGUACCUCACCGCAAGUACUCAAGUAAGUGAGUCGAGGUUGAUUUCCACUGACGCGUUUUUGGAUACGCACGUUAACGCACGUAAAUUUUAAUCACGUAAAUAAAAUAAAGCCAAGAUCAAAAGAGCUGAGCUUAAACGAGAGUUGAGCGAGGUUCAGCUUUUACGCUUAUGAGCGACCUUUCAUGCAUUGCCUCUAUUUUAUUUGCAAACGUAAAUUUGACGCACGUAAAAAUUACGCGACACUGGAAAUCAACCUUAAGGGUAAAGGAGACAAAGGCGAUAGUUUGACACCAUCGAAAAAUGGGUCAGGGUUAUCUGGACAAACAGCCUGCGUGAUCGUACAGGUUUUUUUAAAAUCCCGGGUGGUGUUGAGGCCGGGGUAUGAGGAUUCGGCGUAGAAAACCUGCUAUUAAACCUGGCGGCUGUUUGGAUAUUAUAACUUUGACUGACUGUUGUGGUUAUCCCCAGAGUAGAAAGUGUGUUUUGAAGUUCCACUGCUUGGUCCUCUAAACCUUUCCCUUUAAAGACGCAAAACUAAACUGCGCGAGUUUAUAAUAUUUGUAUAAUUAUGUGUAAACUGUUUCAUCGGCAGGUUCUGGCGUUCAAUGUACAACCGAUAUGAUAAUGAUCUUCAUCCACGCGAGACAGUGUUGGAUUCUCUCAGCAGCAUCAUAGAUCAUAACGACUCACUGCAAGAUCACAUUAAAUUUCUUUCUUCUGUAAGUAUGUUCAGCCGGGCAUCUAAGCCUUGAAAAAACAAACGCAACCUAACCUCCACGUGUGACCACCUAACGAAACUAGGGACCUUAAGCAACGAUAACGACGACGGCAGCGAAAACGUCUCUAAAAAAAUGAAUUUGCGUUCUUUCAAACUUAAUGGCGUCUAUUUGGACUCGCUCAAUAUGUCAAAUGUAGGCGACUUUUCCUGGAGUUGGAUUCUUAAGGAUUUUGUUCAAGUUCAAAAAGAGGAAGGAAAAUUCGUCGUCGUACGUCCACGCCCUCCAUAAAACAGGCUGAUUUAGCAACAGAACGCGAACGUCAUUUGACGACGGGAAAGCGCGCGGAAACGACUAAACUCGACUUCCGGUGCCCAAUUUGUCGCUCUGCCAUUGGUCAAAGCAGUUGUUUGAUUUGUGCGCGCCGUCGUCAACUGACGUUCCCGUUCUGUUGCUGAAUCAGCCUAACGUCAAAUAGGAGGUUUCACUUCGCAGUCGUGCAAUGGACGUCAAAGAAAUGUGCUAAAAUCGUGAUGCACGGGCAGAGCCGUUGUUUUGAUCAUUAAAUCUACUCUUAUAAGAAGUUGUCUUCGUCGUCGUCGUAGUUGCUUAAUCUCCCUACUACCAAAAAUUUGCUUUCGAGUCAAAGUGUUGGAGUUGAACCUCUUGUUAGCUUGGGAGUACUACUGUCUUUCAUCGCUCCCCGUCGUUGGGGACGUUUCGCGAGAGAGACUUCAUCAGUGAUGGAGAGGUAUGAAAUGCGGUUGUAUUCGCAGGCUAACUUUGGUAAGCAGAUAUAGGGUACGUUCCUUUGAUAUGAUCCGGAUCAGGAUCAGUGAUCCGAUAUCAUUUGGAUCAUGGUAGAUCAAAUGAACCGAUGAAUCCUUGUCCAGAGUGGAUUCAUCAGUUCAUUUGAUCUACCAUGAUCCGAGUGAUCUCGGAUCACUGAUCCCAAUCUGGAUCAUCCCAAAGGAACGCACCCAUAGAGUGUUUUCACAUGACGUCACGGCGGUCAUAUUGGUGUCCCAAAACAAUGAAACGCCGGCCAUGUUGGUGUCCAAACCAGUCCUGUGGGAGUUAAACAUUCUUCUUAUGUAAACGACUCCUUUUGUUCAAUAAAUUUGCAAAGAUGCUGGCCACGUGAGUGAAAACGCCCUAUUAACAAUUGUUGGCUUUUUUGUGGUGGUAUUCGUUAGUCGACCUUUAAGUAAGAACUCUGCAGAAGUCAGAAAAGAAAAACCUUUUGGUGCACAAAGCUUGCUCAGGUUUACAUACUCUACGCCGUAGUGUAGUCUUUUAUCAUAAAUGUUACUUUUUCUGACACUGAACUCCUUUUUCUCUCUUUUUUUUUUUUUUUUUACAUUGUAACUCAUUUUUAAAUAGGGUGGACUAGGUCGUAGGGUUCUCCUGUUCCCUGCAAGUCCUCCCCCCAAUCUCUUCGUGUCUGAUUAUAAUGACUUGUAUGCUGUGAAAAUGGAUUUGAAUUUGAAUUUCAAUUAAAUUAAAUUGAAUUACUGAUGGUUUUCAACAUGCAUUUUCAUGGCCGAGCAUGUGCUAUUGAUAAAUUUGCCAUUAGCUCAUCUCCCAUAAUACACCUUGUUUGCCCCCGCAAGAGAUGGAGAUGUGCAAAUUGCGAUUUCGAAGCUUGAAAGACCAAUUGUCAUGGUGAAAAAUGGACUAAUUGAACAGUUUUGCUUCAACAGCGCAUUAAGAUGAUGAAAGCUCUCAACAAUUCUUCACCAAAAGACUUUGACGGCGACAAGAAUUCGUUAGAAAUGAAAUGUCUCAACUCGAAUUGUGAAUCAUCGGUUGAUUUGUCAUGUGAGUCAACCUCGCUUGAGAAUUCCGUGGAUAAACUGGGACUAGAAACAGACUCGUUAGUUAACAGUCAUGAAAGUCUGUCAUCGUCUUUGCCAAGCGUGUGCGCGAGCGAGGCAAGCAACUCAAGUCAGGAUAGCGGGAAAGGAAGAAUAGUUCCAACCGACUUACAGCUAAUUUUAAAGCGACAAGGUUUGACUGUUGAAGACUUAAUGCAGUCUGCACCGCCAUUUGCUGUCAGCUGGAAAUCUGCCAGGAAUGUGUUUCAGUGCUUGACAUGUGCGACUCCUAUUGAUUUUCUUAGUCGAAAGGUAAGAUAGCGAGUUAAAGGCCUCACACUUUUAAUUCUAGAAAUUAUGUUCAAAUGUUCGGUUUCUACAAAACUUUUAAUUUUACUUACCGCGCUUUUCAAAAACACGCGAAUUCUGAAGUUCAAAACCCAACUGACAUUUACGUUUUUCGCUGCCGUCAAUCAUCUCAGCGGACCUCUUAGGAAACAGAAGUUUACUUCAACGGGCUCAAAAGGUCAUGGUCUGUGAUUUGUGAUUGGUGGAUUUCGAACGGUUUUGCGUGUUUCUUUGUUUCAAGGUUCGUUGCUUGUGAUCGUAAUUAUGAUUAACGGCAGCCGAAAACGCAUUUAUGAAGGCGACUUUUGAACUUCAGAGUUCUCGUGUUUUUGAAAAGCGCAGUAAUAAAGUACUACAGUCGACUCUCUCUUAGACACCUCGAUAAAACGGACACUUGUCUUGUCUGUAACCAGAAGGUCAUAGGUUUGACUCCUGUUGGGAGAACCCGGAUUUUGUCCGAGUUGCCUCAAUUGGCUGUUUCACCGACAGAAAAAAAAGCAUCAUUAUCACUUAUUGACCAGGCCCGGCUUGCUCAAACGUUGGAUAGCGCCAUCCACCGGAAAAAUCACUAUCCAGCGGAUAAGUAUUAGGGAAACCAAUUGCGCCAUUCAUUGGAUCAGGGGCACCCAACGUCCAUUUUCGGAAAAUAUCUGUUCGGAAGACGAUUUGAGAUCUAGAAUUUUCGGAACAUUUGUUGUUAAAUUUCUUGCUUGCCUGCCUCUCCUAGGAUUUUAGAACAUCUAAAAAAUGGAAUAAUUGCCCAUUUUAAACGGAUUUUUACCUUAAAAAGGUCACCUAGAAUUUUCGGGAGCCUUUCUGGCUGAAAAUUUCGAGACGAUAAGUUCUGAUCCCUAUAAUUUUCGGAUCUCUAGACUUUCAGCUAGGAAAUCCGAACAGAUGAGAAAUUUUCUAGGGGAUAAAAAUAUGCCUAUAUCUCCCGUUUAAAUACUCAAUUACGUUUGACAAUGCUAUGUUUAAGUGGUUUUGAACUAUGUUCUUGUUGGAUAGCGUUAUUCACCUUUUGAACAACUGGGGCCAGCUGUAAAAUCACGGUCUUACUUAUAGUGCACUGAAAGGUGCUAACUUUUUCUGUUCUUUUCUAUCUUUCAACAGUAUCAUUGCUGGAACUGUGGAGAAGUGUUUUGUAAACGAUGUAUUGAUAAACAGUGCUCACUUCCGGGACAUUAUUCAGAUAACCGGGUUCCGGUUUGUAAGCAGUGUUACAAAAUUCUAAAGAAAUUUAAAUGAAGGGCACUGGUCAGCAAAAGAUGAAUUUUUAAUUUGGCAAAGACAUAUUAGGGAAUUUUUAUCAGGAGAGGCGGGCA